UAUGACGAUAGAUCAAAUAAUGAGUAUAUAAAAUAUUAAAGUACUAUUUGUUGCAUAACCAUGUAAAGAAAUCUAGAGAUCUAGAUCAUAAAGUACAAGUAUCUUUAAAGAUUAACAAAUCAAUGGAAUCAUCUAAGGUCCACGUUAUGAUGAUAGAGGUGAAGUCAUUAAGAGAUCCAUUGUUGGAACUGUUGAUUAAUUUUAAAGAGAAGGCAAAGUAUAAUAUGAUAGUAGAGUUACUGAUGAAGAAUCUUCUAUGUUAAAAUCUUUUGUUAUUACUUAAUUCAAUAAGAAAAAAAACAUCAAGAAAAAAAUAGAACCUAUUCAAUUAAGCAAGAUUUCAAAGGAAGAAAUUCUCUUGCAUAUUGAUAAAGUUCAAAACAAUAUUAAGUGUUCUUAAUCUUCUCUCAGAUCUCAAGAAGAGACUCUACCUAUAAUUGAGAGAAAUCUAUUAACUAAAUAGAGAAGAAUUUUAGAAUCUUGUGAAGAAUAGUAAGAUAAAUGGAAUCAAUUAGAGUAGGAAUUAGCAAAUCGUUGUGAACGUUCUCAUAAUAACACUCUUAUAAGAAGAAGUCAAGGAUAUAGAGAAAAGAAAUAGUUAUUGGAUUCAUUAAAUGUUUUAUAGAAGGAACCAAAUGUUAAGGAAUGGUAUGCAAAGUUAAGAAAUUAUAAUUAAUCAAUUGAACCAUCUAUUGAGAUAAUUAAAAAUGUCAAUCAUGUAAAAAUGUAUAGCGACAAAUUUAAGAAUAUGAUUAAUCAAAGAUUAAAUAAUAAGUAUUAUGAUGCUGAUUAUCUUGUUAUUAACGGAAAUAGUAAAUUGAAAAUGGAAUCAAAAGAAGCUACAGAUUUAAUGUUUUUACCUUAAGAUAUUGUAUAAUAACAACAGAAUUAAGAUUUUAAUUACUCAAAUUAUAAUAAGCGUGAUAUUAGUCGUCGAUCUUCCUAUAGAAUUAUUUAAUUAUAGUGAAUUUUAAUAUAAAUAUAUUUUUAAUGUAAGAUCAUCUCCAAUAAACUAAGACUAUGUUCCUCAUGCAUAAAAUUAAGAGUUUUAAAUUACAACCUUAAAUUUCAAAUAACAUUUUUGAUGAACAUAAUCCCUAAUAUGGACCAAAAUAUGAUAACAAUAAUAAAAUUAUAGCUAGAAGUGUUGUUGGAAAACCAGAUAUUAUAGAUAAAAUAAAAAAGAAAAUUGAAGAAUCAAAAUUAUCUAAUUCUCCAAAAAUGAAAAACUCAAUUGUUUUCUAAAAAAUGAAAUAAUCCUAUUCUAAUCUCUCUAAUAUGAAGAAAUCAUAAUCAUCCAAUAAAAUACCUCUUUUUUAAGAUCCUAUUCAUUCUAAUAUCCUAUCUCGACAAGUUUCACAUAAUAAAUCUACUUUGGCAGCAUUAAUAAAUCAUCAUGCAAAUGUUAAUAUAGAAUAAUAUUUAUAAGAAACAAAAAAUAGAAUACAAAAAAAUGAAAAUGAAGAACUAAAAAUAGAGAAAUAAUUAAAUAUAUUUUAAAGAAAUGCAAAUACUAGAUAAUAAAGAGUUAUAACUUAAUUUUAAGAAAGAGAGUAAUCUUGGGAAUUAGUUAAUAUGACAAUAUAAAGUAAAUGUUAAACAAGAAGCAGAGAAAAAUUAACUUUAUUAUAGAAGAGUUAAGGUAGUAACAUGUAAAAAUAUUAGGUUAACAGCUUAUAGAUUGAAAAAGGAAAUCCUUAAUGAAUUGCCAUCUCCUCCUAAAAAUUGGUACCAAUAAUUAAGAGGAUCAAACUCUGUAGUAGAAAAAGAAGAUGAUCAUACUAUUAGAUCCUAAAGAAUAAAUUUAAAUUCGAAAACAUUAUUAUUAAAACAAACAGAUUUUGAGAAUAGUUUAAGAAUUAGAGGUGAGAGUAAAUUAAAAAGAGAAUUUGAGAAUCAAAAAUGUCCAUUGAUUACUAUGGUUGGAUUGGAAAAAACAGAAGAAAGUGAGAUCUUACCAAAACUUAAAUAUUGA